AUGGUCCUUCUGUUGAUCCUGUCAGUCCUGCUUUUGAAAGAAGAUGUCCGUGGGAGUGCGCAGUCCAGUGAGAGGAGGGUGGUGGCUCACAUGCCAGGUGACAUCAUUAUUGGAGCACUCUUUUCUGUCCACCACCAACCUACUGUGGACAAAGUUCAUGAGAGGAAGUGUGGAGCAGUUCGUGAACAAUAUGGCAUUCAGAGAGUGGAAGCCAUGCUGCACACCCUGGAAAGGAUCAACUCAGACCCAACACUCUUGCCCAAUAUCACACUGGGUUGUGAAAUAAGAGAUUCCUGCUGGCAUUCAGCUGUGGCCCUAGAGCAGAGCAUUGAAUUCAUAAGAGAUUCCCUCAUUUCUUCAGAAGAGGAAGAGGGCUUGGUACGGUGUGUAGAUGGCUCUUCCUCCUCUUUCCGCUCCAAGAAGCCUAUAGUAGGGGUCAUUGGCCCUGGCUCCAGUUCUGUGGCCAUUCAGGUCCAGAACUUGCUCCAGCUUUUCAACAUACCUCAGAUUGCUUACUCAGCAACCAGCAUGGAUCUGAGUGACAAGACUCUAUUCAAGUACUUCAUGAGGGUUGUGCCUUCUGAUGCUCAACAGGCACGGGCCAUGGUGGACAUAGUGAAGAGAUACAACUGGACAUAUGUGUCAGCUGUGCACACAGAAGGCAACUAUGGAGAAAGUGGGAUGGAGGCUUUCAAAGAUAUGUCAGCCAAGGAAGGGAUUUGCAUCGCCCACUCCUACAAAAUCUACAGCAACGCAGGGGAGCAGAGUUUUGAUAAACUGCUGAAGAAGCUCACAAGUCACUUGCCUAAGGCCCGGGUGGUGGCUUGCUUCUGUGAGGGCAUGACAGUGAGAGGUCUGCUGAUGGCCAUGAGGCGCCUGGGUCUGGCAGGAGAAUUUCUACUUCUGGGCAGUGAUGGCUGGGCUGACAGGUAUGACGUGACAGAUGGGUAUCAGCGAGAAGCUGUUGGUGGAAUCACAAUCAAGCUCCAAUCUCCUGAUGUCAAGUGGUUUGAUGAUUAUUACCUGAAGCUGCGACCAGAAACAAACCUCCGAAACCCUUGGUUUCAAGAAUUUUGGCAGCAUCGGUUUCAGUGCCGUCUGGAAGGGUUUGCACAGGAGAACAGCAAAUACAACAAGACUUGCAAUAGUUCUCUGACUCUGAGAACACAUCAUGUUCAAGACUCCAAGAUGGGAUUUGUGAUCAACGCAAUCUAUUCCAUGGCCUAUGGGCUCCACAACAUGCAGAUGUCCCUCUGUCCAGGCUAUGCAGGACUCUGUGAUGCAAUGAAGCCGAUUGAUGGACGGAAACUUUUGGAUUCCCUGAUGAAAACCAACUUUACUGGGGUUUCUGGAGAUAUGAUCCUAUUUGAUGAAAAUGGAGACUCUCCAGGAAGGUAUGAAAUAAUGAAUUUCAAGGAAAUGGGAAAAGAUUACUUUGAUUACAUCAAUGUUGGAAGUUGGGACAAUGGAGAAUUAAAAAUGGAUGAUGAUGAAGUGUGGUCCAAGAAAAAUAGCAUCAUCAGAUCAGUGUGCAGUGAACCAUGUGAGAAAGGCCAGAUAAAGGUGAUCCGGAAGGGAGAAGUCAGCUGUUGUUGGACCUGUACACCUUGUAAAGAGAAUGAGUAUGUCUUUGAUGAGUACACCUGCAAGGCAUGCCAGCUGGGAUCCUGGCCCACUGAUGACCUGACAGGUUGUGAUUUGAUCCCAGUACAGUAUCUUCGCUGGGGUGACCCUGAGCCCAUUGCAGCUGUGGUGUUUGCCUGCCUCGGCCUGCUGGCCACCCUGUUUGUUACUGCAGUCUUCAUCAUUUACCGUGAUACACCAGUAGUUAAAUCCUCCAGCAGGGAACUCUGCUACAUCAUUCUUGCUGGCAUCUGCCUGGGCUACUUAUGUACCUUCUGCCUCAUUGCAAAACCCAAACAGAUUUAUUGCUACCUUCAGAGAAUUGGCAUUGGUCUCUCUCCAGCCAUGAGCUAUUCAGCCCUUGUAACCAAGACCAACCGUAUUGCAAGGAUCCUGGCCGGAAGCAAGAAGAAGAUCUGCACCAAAAAGCCCAGAUUCAUGAGUGCCUGUGCCCAGCUAGUGAUUGCUUUCAUUCUCAUAUGCAUCCAGUUGGGCAUCAUCGUCGCCCUCUUUAUCAUGGAGCCUCCUGAUAUAAUGCACGACUACCCAAGCAUUCGAGAAGUCUAUCUGAUUUGUAAUACUACCAACCUAGGAGUUGUCACUCCACUCGGAUACAAUGGAUUGUUGAUAUUGAGCUGCACUUUCUAUGCAUUCAAGACCAGAAAUGUUCCAGCUAAUUUCAAUGAGGCCAAGUAUAUCGCCUUCACAAUGUACACCACCUGCAUUAUAUGGCUGGCCUUUGUGCCAAUCUACUUUGGCAGCAACUACAAAAUCAUCACCAUGUGUUUCUCAGUCAGCCUGAGUGCCACAGUGGCCUUAGGCUGCAUGUUUGUGCCAAAGGUAUAUAUCAUCCUGGCCAAACCAGAGAGAAAUGUGCGCAGUGCAUUCACCACAUCUACUGUGGUACGCAUGCAUGUAGGGGAUGGCAAGUCUUCCUCCGCAGCCAGCAGAUCCAGCAGCCUAGUCAACCUGUGGAAGAGGAGGGGCUCCUCUGGGGAAACCCUAAGGUACAAAGACAGGAGACUGGCCCAGCACAAGUCGGAAAUAGAAUGUUUCACCCCCAAAGGGAGUGUGGGGAAUGGUGGGAGAGCAACAAUGAGCAGCUCCAACGGGAAAUCCGUCACCUGGGCCCAGAACGAGAGGAGCAGCCGAGGGCAGCACCUGUGGCAGCGGCUGUCUAUCCACAUCAACAAGAAAGAGAACCCCAACCAAACGGCUGUCAUCAAGCCUUUCCCCAAGAGCACCGACAGCCGCGGCGCCCUGGCCGCGGGCGCGGGGAGUGCGGGCCCAGGGGCCGCGGGGGCCCCGGGCAGCACGGGCUGCCCCGGCGGCGCCGGUCCCGGCGGGCCCGAGCCUCCCGACGCCGGCCCCAAGGCGCUGUACGACGUGGCGGAGGCCGAGGAGCAGCUGCCGGCGCCAGCGCGGCCGCGCUCGCCGUCGCCCAUCAGCACGCUGAGCCGGGGCGCGGGCUCGGCCAGCCGCACGGACGACGACGUGCCCUCGCUGCGCUCGGAGCCCGCGGCGCGCAGCAGCUCGUCGCAGGGCUCGCUCAUGGAGCAGAUCAGCAGCGUGGUGACGCGCUUCACGGCCAACAUCAGCGAGCUCAACUCCAUGAUGCUGUCCACCGCCGCUCCGGGCCCCGGCGUGGGCGCCCCGCUCUGCUCCUCCUACCUAAUCCCCAAAGAGAUCCAGCUGCCCACGACCAUGACGACGUUCGCCGAGAUCCAGCCGCUGCCGGCCAUCGAGGUCACGGGCGGCCCGCAGCCCGCGGCGGGGGCCCCGCCGGCCGGGGGUGGCGCUGCGCGGGAGAGCCCGGCGGCCGGGCCCGAGGCUGCGGCCGGCAAGCCCGACCUGGAGGAGCUGGUGGCGCUCACGCCGCCGUCCCCCUUCAGAGACUCGGUGGACUCCGGGAGCGCAAGCCCCAACUCGCCCGUUUCCGAGUCGGCGCUGUGCAUCCCAUCGUCGCCCAAAUAUGACACUCUGAUCAUUAGAGAUUACACUCAGAGCUCCUCGUCGUUGUGA